AUGGCCCCAACCAAGAAGUCCAAGAAAGCUGAGAACAGCAUCAACUCCAGGCUCGCCCUGGUUAUGAAGAGUGGAAAGGUCGUUUUGGGAUACAAGUCUACCCUCAAGACCCUCCGAUCUGGCAAGGCCAAGCUCGUCCUCAUUGCCGGAAACACCCCUCCUCUUCGCAAGUCCGAAUUGGAGUACUACGCCAUGUUGGCCAAGACCAAUGUUCACCACUUCUCUGGAAACAACAUUGAGCUUGGAACCGCCUGUGGUAAACUCUUCCGAUGCUCCACCAUGGCCAUCCUCGACCAAGGUGACUCCGACAUUCUGUCCACCAGCGCUUAA